AUGGCAUACAAUCUGAGGGAACACAUUAACACAAGGCUCCGGAACAAGUUUUGGCAGACAAACCUUCCAAACAAUAUUAAGAUCUUUGGAUGGAGGUUGAAUCAUGGUGUGCUGCCUGUUUUCAGCAACUUGAGGAAGAGGAAUAUAGAUGUACAACCAUGGCAUAGGAAGUUUUGUCAGACAAACCUUCCAAACAAGAUUAAGAUCUUCGGAUGGAGGUUGAAUCAUGGUUUGCUGCCUGUUUUCAGCAAUUUGAGAAAGAGGCAUAUAGAUGUACAACUAGAAGUUGAUAAAGAGAAUUUUGAGCUUGGAUUGGUGGUGGCAGUGUGGCAUAGCAGAAACUUGGUGGUUAGAGCUGGAGAACAGAGGAAUCCGGAGGCUACUGCACAGUUUGCUACUAAUUAUCUGGAAGAAUUUAAAAAAGCUCAAGAUAUAUCUCUGAACAACAAAACUGAAAUGGAAGAUAGGUGGCAAGCACCACCCAUAGGUGUUGUCACAACUAAUUUUGAUGGAGCAAUAAAUGUCGAAGAGAACAUGGGCGGUAUUGGCGUUGUGCCAAGGGAUGACAAAGGUAGUGCUGUAGAAGUUGCAAAGGAAAUGGGCUUCUAUUCUAUCCUGUUAGAAAGAGAUGCAGUGGAGAUAAUUCAUUGUCUCAAAUCAUCUACAGAUGACCUCUCUGUUGUUGGAAACCUAAUGGAAGAUGCUUGA